AUGGACCCCAUGAACCAAGUGUUUAGAGAGUUUCUAGAUAAAUUCAUCAUCGUGUUUAUUGAUGAUAUUUUGACAUACUCGAGUAACCCAGAGGAACAUGCAGUGCAUUUGGAGAUGGUUCUUCAGCGUUUGAAGGAACAAAAACUUUAUGCCAAAUUCUCCAAGUGUGAAUUUUGGCUGGAAAAGUUGAGUUUCUUGGGCCAUGUGGUGUCAGGAGAAGGGAUAUCUGUGGAUCCUACCAAGAUAGAGGCACUAAGUCAGUGGAAACCUCCGAAGAAUGCUCGGGAAGUGAGAAAUUUUCUCGAAUUAGCAGGGUAUUAUAGGCGGUUUGUAGAAGGGUUCUCGAAAAUAGCUACGCCAAUGACUGCUCUUACCCGUAAAAAUGUUAAGUUUGUAUGGAACGAACAGUGUAAAACGAGUUUCAAAGAACUAAAGACGAGGUUGACCACUGCCCCAGUGCUGACUAUCCCUAGUGGGAUAGAGGGAUAUGUGAUCUACAGCGAUGCCUCAAGACAAGGACUGGGGGCAGUACUGAAGCAACAUGGCAAGGUGAUAGCUUAUGCGUCCAAACAGCUAAAGAGUUACGAAAAGAAACUACCCAACGCAUGA